GCCAUUUUCGUCGUGGACAUUUCCCCAAAUCAAGACGUUAUUCGGGUUAACAGCUGAUAGUUAUAUUGAUCUCCCCAGGUUCGAUGGAGAGUUAGCUGACACAGCCAAUUACGAAAAGAUAUUGGAGCACGUUUUGGAAGAUAUAGCUAUGAAGCAUAAGACCUGCAUUCACGUCACUAGUGCAAACGAAGCAACAAGACGCGAAUUUAUUUCUUCCGUUCUUCAUGGCGUUGCCUCUUGUUAUGAUGGUGAAGUGAAAGUAUGUCCAGAAUACGAGUUAUCUGGAAGUCAUGGUAAAGGGCCAGUGGAUUGGGUUAUCAAGAUUGGAGAUACGAUUAUCGUUGUUACUGAGGCUAAAAGAGAGGAUAUUAACCAGGGUGUUGGCCAGAAUGCAAUUCAGUUACAAGCUUCGUCUCAGCGUAAUAAAAAGAAACGCACAUAUAAUGAGGCUUUGCGUGAAGAUGUAAUGUAUGGUAUUGUUUCGACAGGGGUCGACUGGGUCAUAAUUAAGUUAGUUACUACUGGCGAAUAUAAUGAUAGUGAUAAUGGGAAUGUCGAGGUAUUAUUGAGUUCGCGAACACCAUUUACUUUCCCCAUUAAUGAGAGUGUGUUCGAUAAAAGUCUUAUGCUUGAAAAACUCAAGAACUUGUUCGGGCAAAUUAAAUGAGUGUUUGGUCUCCAGAUUGAAUUGCAGGAAUCAUUGAAGCGGGUAAAAACAGAAAAUAAAUAAGAUAGUCUUGUAUGUAGACAUUAGAAUAGAAAAAA